CCCUUAGUUUGACGUUUAAUUUAAAUUUGGAAGUUUUAUCUUAUCAAUGUAAAUAUUAUAACAAUAAACAAUGAUUUAUGAUUAGUCCUAUUUCAAAGUACAAUUCAGGAGUUCGUUUGGUAACUUGCCGUGCUUUAAACAUAUUACAUAAAUUUUAUAAUUGUGAUUUGUACUAAAUGUUAAAAUGUUUCUAUUCUUGUUACUAUAAUCCCUGGUUUGUAUAUUGUGUGAUAUUGUUAAUGCUUUAUGACAAUUACACGAAGCAAAUUAGUAAACUCAACUUAAGUGAAGUAAUGGCACAGCUAGUCCAGCCAAUAGUAAUAGUACAUGGAGGUGCUGGUGACAUCCCGGACUCCCGCGUGGCUGCCAAGUUGGACGGAGUGCGGAAAGCAGCCCGAAGAGGCUACCAGAUCCUGCAGGAGAGUGGGUCUGUUCUGGAUAGUAUCGUGGCAGCUGUGGAGAUCAUGGAGGAUGAUCCAGCUUUUAAUGCAGGACGAGGUUCUAUUUUGACCUUGGAAGGAGAGAUAGAGAUGGAAGCACUAAUUGCAGAAGGAAGAGAUUUAAAUGCAGGAGCUGUUACACUGGUGAAGAACAUAGCUCACCCUAUAACACUAGCUCGUUUGGUAAUGGAGAAGACACCGCACACCUUCCUUGGUGGCUCUGCUGUCAACGAAUUUGCCUCUGCAAUGGGAAUCCCAAGAGUGACUGACGAGUACCUCAAGACUCCUGCAGCUGAGGCAGCUCUUCAGAACUUCAAGCAGGGCAAUAUUACCCCAAAAAUGGAGAUUGGUGAAGGUGGGGUGGGCACUGUUGGCUGUGUAGCUAUAGACACUACUGGACAUCUGGCAUCUGCCACUUCCACUGGAGGCAUCACAGGCAAGUACAAUGGUAGGAUUGGUGACACACCGUUGCUGGGCUCUGGAGGGUACGCAGAUGACAUGCGUGGCGCAGUCAGCACCACUGGUCACGGCGAGACCAUUAUGCGUUUCAACCUGGCGCAGCGCAUUCUCAGUGACAUUGCUAAUGGUAAAUCAGCACAAGAUGCUAGUGAGGAUCAGUGCAAGGAGAUGACUAAGAGAUUAAAAAAUGGAGCGGGGGCUAUCACCCUCUCACACAGUGGGGAGGUAGGAGUGUAUUUUACUACGGAGCGGAUGGCAUGGGCCUACCAGCUGGGCGACCAAAUACAUUACGGGAUAGAUCCGGGCCAGCACCUUGUUGAGCCAGCAUAGCCAAACUUGCUGUGAAACUAUAUACAAAUAUAUACA